AAUUAAAAGGCGAGGCGGUGUUUUACAGAUGACGGACAGCUGAUGCAGCCAAUGAAAGACGCGCCGCCCAUUCGACGGCCAAUGACUGACCCGCGGGGGCGGGGCUAACGCGGCCGUUUUAUCCGCACAGUCUCUCGCCGAGCAGAAGGAGAAUCCCAAAAAUGACAUCCAGCAGCUUUCCAAAGAAAACCCGCGGCGUUUAGAGAAGUUUCCCUCCUCACAUUAUCACGGAUCACAGCGCGUUCUUCAGAGAUGUAGUCGGUAGACGCGUGAAAUGUGUAUUUAAUACAGAAGGACAGUGUUUCCACACAACCGUUAUUGACGCGCGUCCCCGAUCGCAAACUCCCGAUCCUUCAGCUCCGAACCGGACAUGUGUGACUUAAUGCCAGCGGCUCAACCGGCCGAGAAAAUCGGCAAAAUGAAGAAAUUAAGAAGAACUUUGUCGGAGAGCUUCAGUCGGAUCGCCUUCAAGAAAGAAGACAGAUGGUUUGAUGAUAUAUGUGUCACCAAGAUGUCCACUCGCAGCUGCCAGGGAUCGGACUCGCUCAUCAAGCCCCUGGACACUAUCCCUGAGGACCGGAAGGUGCAGCGCACGCAGAGCGGCUUCGACCCCUUCGAGAAGCCGGCCGGUCAGGUGAAGCGCGUUCACUCGGAGAACAACGCCUGCAUCAACGCCAAGAGCUCGUCCUCCGGGAAAGAGUCUCCCAAACUCCGCCGUCACUCCAGCCCCAGCUCCCCCACGAGCCCAAAGUUUGGGAAAGCAGACUCGUACGAGAAGCUGGAGAAGCUCGGAGAGGGAUCCUACGCCACCGUCUACAAAGGGAAGAGCAAGGUAAACGGGAAGCUGGUUGCGUUGAAAGUGAUUCGUCUGCAGGAGGAAGAGGGAACGCCGUUCACAGCGAUUAGAGAAGCGUCUCUGCUGAAAGGCCUGAAACACGCCAACAUCGUGCUGCUCCACGACAUCAUUCACACCAAGGAAACCCUGACGCUGGUCUUCGAGUAUGUGCACACAGAUCUGUGUCAGUACAUGGACAAACAUCCCGGCGGCCUCCAUCCGGACAACGUCAGGCUCUUCCUAUUCCAGUUACUGAGGGGUUUGUCUUACAUCCAUCAGCGCUACAUCCUUCACCGAGACCUGAAACCACAGAACCUGCUCAUCAGCGACACCGGAGAACUCAAACUGGCCGACUUCGGUGAGAACACCUCAGAUCUAACCACACCGGCUCUCAUUCACGAGUAUUCAUCUGCUGAAGGGCCGUUUUGGCUUGGUGUGCUGCAGCAUAUGGUGUCUUUCUCUGGCCGGGCCCCGUGGCUCUCAGCGGGGUCAUUAGGAGCCGGUCUGUUGGCCUGUGCGAAGUCGUUGUACCCAGCCACACGUACUUUAACGAGGUGGGUGGUGUGUGCUUCUGCUCCCACUACAACUCAACUUCACACGGGAUCCACAGAUUACUCCACCUGUCUGGACAUGUGGGGUGUCGGAUGCAUCUUCGUGGAAAUGAUCCAGGGAGUGGCGGCGUUCCCGGGCAUGAAGGACAUUCAGGAUCAGCUGGAGAGGAUAUUUCUGGUUUUGGGGACGCCGUCAGAGGAGACGUGGCCAGGUGUUCACUCACUCCCGCACUUCAAACCAGAUCGAUUCACUGUCUACAGUCCCAAGAAACUCAGACAAGCCUGGAAUAAGCUGGGUUAUGUAGAUCAUGCUGAAGAACUGCAUACCACACCAUCCUUCCCAAAGAACCGUCUCUCUGCCCAGGCUGCGCUCCAUCACGAAUACUUCAGCCAUCUGCCCCCGAGACUCUGGGAGCUGCCUGACAUGUCUUCAAUCUUCACCGUUCCCAGCGUUAAGUUACAGCCGGAGUCUGGCGACAGCAUCCAGGUGUGCAGUAAGAGUCACGGCAAAGCGGCGUCGAACAGCAAACACUGACCCGGAGCCAAACAGGUUGGCACUGUCAGCCUUCAAGAUGGAAAAAGGACAAAGAGGAGAACUAGACGGGAACGGCUCUUUAUGUUUAUUUAAAUUAUUUCAUUUCUGGCUGGUUUGACCUUCCAUGUGGGACUGAGAGCAAUUCAGUCAAAUCUGAGUUUUACCAUCAGGAAUGUCGUGUAACAUUCCCACAUCGACGGCAUGCUAACGACGUCCGGACUUCAAAAGGCAAUUAAUGCGAACUGUUUGUGUAUGUAUCUACCUAUAUACGAAUGUUUGUACAGUUAAAUAUGUGUCUAUCUGAGAGAACAAACCAAAUGCCCUCCCACGCACAAUCACGCAUUAUUGAGACCAAGUUGGGAUUUUGCAUUUCCUGCAAUCUUCCACAUUGUUGGCUGUGGUACUGUCCAGCUGCGCUCCCAAUAACAAUGACAACUAAUCACACAAUAAUAACUAAGGAUGCACCGAUGUAUCAGCCGAUCGACCGAUUAAUUAAAAAUAGCCAAUCAAAAGGCAGCAGAAAAGCAUGCCAGACAGCAACUUGUCUUGUGUUGAAUUAAGGGCUGCCAACGUUAAAGCAAUAACAACGCAUUAACGCAGAGCUGUUGAAUCAGCAUCCCUAUAAAUCACCCAUAGUUCAAGCCAGGGUUGCCAGAUCGCGAAAUUAAAAUGAAUGAACAUCUGAAGGUGUUGAAAGAUACAGUACAGCCUACCAAAAUGUAUCAUGUUUCAUGUAAUCACUUAAUCAGCGUUUUGACCGAAAGAAAAACGUCAAAUAAAACAGGGUUAUGAACAAUGUCACUUAACGUUGCAUUUAGCUCAGGAAAGCUAAACACUAGAGGGAGCUUAUUUACUGUUAAUUAUAUGUUUGAAUAAAUCUUUCAUGAAGGCAAGUUUUUAUGAAAAUUACCUUACAUUGUAUACAAAUGUUUUUUAAUUUGUGUGUGAUGAUUAUAUCUUAAAAUAAAUGGCAUUGAAUAUAGUUUUGUUGUUAAUUUUAAGCUCUAAUAUGAUGUACCAAAUGAAAGGCUCCCUGUAUAGUUUAUAGCAUUAGUUUUUUUGUUUUUUUUUUCCUUGAGAAAACUAAACUAUCGGUUUUGCCAUAUAUUCUGAAUAAUCGGCUAUCAAUUUCAGCAAAUAUCAUUCUGAAUAAAUACUAUCAGCAGAUAUCAUUCCAAAUAAUCGUAUCGGUAUCGGCAGAUAUCAUUCUGAAUAAUCAGCUAUCAUUGUUGGAAUCUGCAGAUACCAUUCCGAAUAAUCGGCUAUCGGUAUGGGUAUCGGCAGAUAUCAUUUAAAAUAAUCAUUAUAGGCAGAUAUUAUUCUGAAUAAUCGUAACGUCAUCGGCAAAUAUCAUCCGAUAAUAAUAAUCGGUUAUUGGUAUUGGUAUCAGCAGAUAUCAUUGCGAAUAAUUGGCUAUCGAUAUUGGUAUCGACAGAUAUCAUUCUGAAUAAUCGGCUAUCAGUUUACACAGAUAUGAUUCUGAAUAAUCAGCUUUCGUUAUUGGUAUCAGCAGAUAUCAUUCUGAAUAAAUACUAUCAGCAGAUAUCAUUCCAAAUAAUCGUAUCGGUAUUGGCAGAUAUCAUUCUGAAUAAUCGGUUAUCAGUAUACACAGAUAUAAUUCAGAAUAAUCAGCUAUCAUUGUUGGUAUCAUCAGAUAUCAUUUAAAAUAAUCAUUAUAGGCAGAUAUUAUUCCAAGUAAUCAUAACGGCAUCGGCAGAUAUCAUUCUUAAUAAUCGGUUAUUGGUAUUGGUAUCGACAGAUAUCAUUCUGAAUAAUCGGUUAUCAGUAUACACAGAUAUAAUUCAGAAUAAUCAGCUUUCGUUAUUGGUAUCAGCAGAUAUCAUUCUGAAUAAUCGCCUAUCAGUAUCUGCAGAUACCAUUCCGAAUAAUCGGCUAUCGGUAUUGGUAUCAGCAGAUAUCAUUCUGAAUAAUUGGCUAUCAGUAUCUGCAGAUAUCAUUCUGAAUAAUAACUAUCAGCAGAUAUCAUUCCAAAUAAUCGUAUCGGUAUUGGCAGAUAUCAUUCUGAAUAAUCGGUUAUCAAUAUACACAGAUAUAAUUCAGAAUAAUCAGCUAUCAUGUUGGGAAUCUGCAGAUACCAUCCGAAUAAUCGGCUAUUGGUAUUGGUAUCAGCAGAUAGCAUUUUGAAAUAAUCAUUAUAGGCAGAUAUUAUUCCGAAUAAUCGUAACGUCAU